AAGCUAGAAAAUUAGGGGAUCUUAAUGUAGUUAAAUAUAAAUAGUGGGUCUGGAACGUAAAUACCAUCUUCUUCUUCAUCCCUAAACUAAAAAAAUCAUAUUUCUAUUGUAAGCUCAAAGUUCAGCUGUAAAACGCUGUCGUUUUAACUCUUCUCCGACUUGAAAAUUACUGACAUCGGAAAGAGUAUCAAAGAGCAGCUAACAAAAUGUCUCGAAAAGGAUUGAUGGAGCAGGACCUGAGUAAGUUGGAUGUAACAAAGCUGCAUCCUCUUUCACCAGAGGUUAUUUCUCGUCAGGCUACUAUAAAUAUUGGUACCAUUGGCCAUGUGGCUCAUGGAAAGUCAACAGUUGUAAAAGCUAUAUCUGGAGUGCAGACCGUUCGUUUUAAAAAUGAGCUAGAAAGAAACAUCACAAUUAAGCUUGGAUAUGCUAAUGCUAAGAUAUAUAAAUGUGAAGAGGAUCGCUGCCCUAGACCCAUGUGCUACAAGGCAUAUGGAAGUGGAAAAGAAGACAGUCCCAUGUGUGAUGUCCCUGGUUUUGAGAACUGUAAGAUGAAAUUGCUGAGACAUGUAUCUUUCGUUGAUUGCCCCGGUCAUGAUAUUCUCAUGGCUACAAUGCUUAAUGGAGCUGCAAUUAUGGAUGGAGCACUACUUCUUAUUGCUGCUAAUGAGAGCUGUCCCCAACCUCAAACUUCUGAACAUUUAGCUGCUGUUGAAAUUAUGCGCCUCCAACACAUAAUAAUUCUCCAAAAUAAGGUUGAUUUAGUUCAGGAAAAUGUUGCCAUUAACCAGCAUGAGGCAAUUCAGAAAUUUAUUCAGGGAACUGUGGCUGAUGGUGCCCCAGUAGUACCAAUCUCUGCACAAUUGAAGUACAACAUCGAUGUUGUUGCUGAAUAUAUUGUGAAGAAAAUUCCCAUUCCUGAGAGGAAUUUCAUUUCACCACCAAAUAUGAUAGUCAUCCGAUCAUUUGAUGUUAAUAAACCUGGUUUUGAAGUUGAUGAUAUCAGAGGUGGUGUCGCUGGUGGCAGUAUACUGAAGGGAGUCCUGAAGGUAAAUCAACUCAUUGAGGUUCGUCCUGGUAUUACUGUCAAGGAUGAGAGUGGCAACAUUAAGUGUACCCCAAUAUAUUCAAGAAUAGUGUCAUUGUUUGCUGAGCAAAAUGAGCUACAAUUUGCUGUGCCCGGAGGCCUCAUUGGAGUUGGAACAACUAUGGAUCCAACACUGACUCGUGCUGAUCGAUUGGUGGGACAGGUUCUUGGGGAGGUUGGGUCACUUCCUGAAGUGUUUGUGGAACUGGAGGUAAAUUUCUUCUUGCUCCGCCGUCUUCUGGGAGUGAGGACAAAGGACACGGAAAGACAGGGUAAAGUCUCAAAGUUGGCCAAGGGAGAAAUCCUCAUGUUAAACAUAGGAUCUAUGUCAACCGGGGCUCGUGUUGUCGCUGUUAAGAAUGUCUUUGCAAAACUGCAACUGACAUCACCUGUGUGUACCAGCAAAGGUGAGAAAAUUGCUCUUAGCCGGAGAAUCGAGAAGCACUGGCGUCUCAUCGGUUGGGGUCAAAUUCAAGCUGGAAUUACUCUUGAUGUUCCACCUUGCCCCAUCUGAGUGAAAUACACAACCAAUUACUGAGUGACAAGAAAAAGAAUAGUGAAUCAACACAAUUUUGGAAUUUUGAUGUGGAAAGGCAGACAAUUACUAGGAACUGUAAAAGAUUAUUUGAAAUUUCGGAUACUCUAUAAUUUGCAAUAUUUCAUUUUCUUAUUUGCGACUUCUUUUUUCUCUCUCUUUUCUCUUAUUUUCCCUUGUAAUUCAUUAGUUGUUAAGGUGGAUAUUAUUCUUAUGAGUUCAUCUGAAACAUUGAGCUUGCAGCACAUGUUUGAA